AUGGCUUCCUUUACAGAUGAGAGGACAUGGCUCUACGUCAGCCUCGGCCUUUGUAUAGGCGCCAUCACCUACUUGAGCCUAAGCAACCGGCAAAAGCAAGUCGUACUCGAGCGUUUAAGGCUACGCGGUCGUCGAGCAUCGUCCGCGGACACUCCACCGCGGUCUCUGUCACCAGACAAGAAACAACCGAGUAAUGCUCCCCUCAAAGCCUCGGAAUAUGUCAACAGCUUUCCACCCCUGAUCCGCGAUACAGUCGAGGAAGUUGCCAAGAAACUCGGCCCGGCCCAACGCAAGGCUCUGGGCGACCUGGCCUUCGAUGAGAAGGCCUGGACGAAAUCCGUUCUGGGAUUUGAGGAGGACUAUCGGAAAUGCGAUCCCAACAAAUACAUCUACACUGGGGUCAAGGUCCAAGAGGUCCGGGCGCUGGGAGAUUUCCCCGACUAUGCAACACUGAGUGGUGUACCGCUUCCCAAGCCAUAUCCUGAACACGACAUUACCAAGGCACUUCCGCGCCCAUAUCGCCCAUUCCGCUGGGUCUAUCACCAGACGAUGUCGUUGACCAAGAUAGAGCCUGACUGGUGGCUCGAGUUGGAAAACACAUACGUCAAGCGGAUCGCUGAGCGCAAACGCCUAUAUGCGGAGCACGGCGAAUCAAUCCUCGGAUGGCUGCCUGGCUCCGAACUGGCAUGCAAAGAGCUGAUGGAGAUGUGCCUGCAAUUUCUGUGUGCGCGAUACCCACAAUAUUUUGUCCUCCACGCCGACAACAAGACAUUCGAGAACAAGAUUCUGGGCACCAAGCAGGACGUCACCGCCAAACACCCCUUAUUGGUCCUGUUGGACAAUGUCCCCGAAGACUUUGGCAUAAUGCUGCGGAACCCGGAGACUGGCUACUACCAUUUGCGGGCGGGCAUGAUCUGCUCGGCUCUGGGCUGGAACGUGGGCACCAAGAUUGGGAUGCAACUGCACGAGAUCCACGCGCCGAUUCCAGACUACAAGGAGAAGAUGCAGUUCAGCAUGGACCGCUUCUUCACCAAAAUGCCGGCUCAAAAACCCAUCCAGCGCGGCUCUUGGGGCCUGGAGAUCGACCAGCCACUAUACAUGCCGCCGGGCGACCCGCACGAAAAGUACCGCGACUUCCAGUCACCCGACCUCGACGCGUCACGCAUCCAUCUCCGUGUGGACUGGCAGACGCUGCGGCGGCUGCCGUUGUCGGGCGCGAUCGUGUUCAACUUCAAGGCGCUCUUCACGCCGCUCAGCGAGUUCCGCGACGAGGCCUACAUCCCGAGCUUGCUGCUCAAAGUGCUGCGCGAGGGCAAGGAGAACCUCAUGAAGUACAAGAACACCUGGCACGUCGAGCACGUCGUCAUCCCGGCCCUUGUGGAGUACGAGAAGGAACAGAUUGCAUCUGGCCUCAUAGAAAAGGACUGGCAGCCCCAUACGCUGGACGAGAGCCCCUAUUUUCCCGGUUGGCGUGAGAAGUGGAUCAAGAAUCAGGGCUAUGCGCCUUCCGAGUACCAGGAGUGA